CGAUACCGGAUUGUGCGGCCCCUCACCUGCACAGAUUUCCAGCCUGACAAUGUCUUCCAUUAAGAUUGAGUGUGUUUUGCCAAAGAACUGCCGGUGCGGUGAGUCUCCAGUGUGGGAGGAAACAUUCAACUCUCUGCUCUUUGUAGAUAUUCCUGCAAAAACGGUUUUCCGGUGGAAUUCACUUACCAAACAAGUACAGCAAGUGACCUUGGAUGCCCCCGUCAGCUCUGUGGCCCUUCGCCAGUCAGGAGGCUAUGUCGCCACAGUUGGAACAAAGUUCUGUGCUUUGAACUGGGAAGAUCAGUCAACAGUUGUCUUGGCCACGGUGGAUAAAGACAAGAAAAACAAUCGAUUCAAUGAUGGGAAGGUAGAUCCUGCUGGGAGAUACUUUGCUGGCACCAUGGCUGAGGAAACAGCCCCAGCAGUUCUUGAACGGCACCAAGGGUCCCUGUACUCCCUCUUUGCUAACCACCAUGUGGAAAAGUACUUUGACCAGGUGGACAUCUCCAAUGGUUUGGAUUGGUCCCUAGACCACAAAAUCUUCUAUUACAUCGACAGCCUAUCCUACUCUGUGGAUGCCUUUGACUAUGACCUGCAGACAGGACAGAUAUUCAACCGCCGAAGUGUUUACAAGUUGGAGAAAGAAGAACAAAUCCCAGAUGGAAUGUGUAUCGAUGCUGAGGGGAAGCUUUGGGUGGCCUGUUACAAUGGAGGAAGAGUGAUUCGUUUAGAUCCUGAGACAGGGAAAAGACUCCAAACUGUGAAGUUGCCUGUUGAUAAGACAACUUCAUGCUGCUUCGGAGGGAAGGAUUACUCUGAAAUGUAUGUGACCUGUGCACGGGAUGGAAUGGAUCCUGAGGCUCUCUUGAGGCAGCCUGAAGCUGGUGGGAUUUUCAAGAUAACUGGCCUCGGGGUCAAAGGAAUUUGCCCCUAUCCUUAUGCAGGAUAAGUGACGGGAUUUCUUUCCUGCUGGAAGAAACUUUGAAGACAACUAGAAUUCUGGGCCUGAGCUCUCAAUCUAGUUUAAAAAAUGAAGCAAUGAUAUUAUUAACAGGCUUAAAUUUUUAUUUACAAUACCUAAAAGAUAGAGCAUUUUUAACAAGGGGUGAUGGGUGGUUUUGAUAACACUAUAAAGCCUUCUGGAAAAGUUACUAUAGAAAUGCAAAGAAUUGUUCAACUGUUAACCAGCCUCUUGACUCUGCAAACUGCUUGGGAAAAAGGGACCAUAUCUGUUCUUUAUUCUGCAUUCCAUACAUAGUAUACUUACAGUUAAAAAUAAAUAAAUAAAUAAAUAAUAGCCUGUUGGUAA